GCUGACGCUGGGUAAACCCCUGGGAGAAGGUUGCUUUGGGCAAGUUGUCAUGGCCGAAGCGGUGGGGAUUGACAAAGACAGGCUAAAAGAAGCAGUGACUGUGGCAGUGAAGAUGUUGAAAGAUGAUGCUACAGAAAAAGAUCUGUCUGACCUGGUGUCAGAGAUGGAGAUGAUGAAGAUGAUUGGAAAGCAUAAAAAUAUCAUCAAUCUCCUUGGAGCCUGUACCCAGGAUGGUCCAUUGUACGUGAUAGUAGAAUAUGCUUCCAAAGGAAACCUGCGUGAGUACCUGCGAGCACGCCGGCCCCCGGGGAUGGAGUAUUCGUUUGAUAUUAACAGGGUACCAGAAGAGCAGAUGACAUUCAAGGACUUAGUGUCAUGCACAUACCAGUUGGCGAGAGGCAUGGAGUACCUGGCUUCACAAAAAUGUAUCCAUCGAGACUUGGCUGCCAGAAAUGUUUUGGUAACUGAAAAUAACGUCAUGAAAAUAGCAGACUUUGGUUUAGCCAGAGACAUCAACAACAUAGAUUAUUAUAAAAAGACUACUAAUGGACGGCUUCCAGUAAAGUGGAUGGCUCCAGAAGCUCUGUUUGACAGAGUUUACACGCAUCAAAGUGAUGUUUGGUCAUUUGGUGUGUUAAUGUGGGAGAUCUUCACGCUAGGAGGAUCGCCCUACCCAGGAAUCCCAGUGGAGGAACUUUUUAAGCUGCUUAAAGAAGGGCACCGAAUGGAUAAACCUGCCAACUGCACCAAUGAACUCUAUAUGAUGAUGAGAGAUUGCUGGCAUGCUGUGCCUUCACAGAGACCGACUUUUAAACAGUUGGUAGAAGACUUGGAUCGGAUUCUCACUCUCACAACUAAUGAG